AUGCAAACGAAAUUUGGAUACGCACAAGCCAAAAGCCAAUCAACUCCCAUGGUAACCAACCAAGUGCUUAAUAAGCAAAAGAAGCAACGAGAGAACGAACUGACGAACGAGAAAGUUGUAAACCAGCGUGAAUACAGAGAAGUGGUUGGCUCUCUGAUGUAUUUGGUAUCAGGUACAAAGCCGGACUUGCCCUAUGCAGUCAAUGUCCUAAGCAGACAUAAGCAUAAUCCAACCGAGAACGGAUGGAAAAUGGUUAUCAGGAUAUUCAAGUAUAUUGCCUACUCUGCAAGUUGGCAACUAACGUACAAAGGCCUGAAUGAGGAAAUGGAAGUUUUUUCAGACGCAAGCUUUGCGGAUUGCAAGAACUACUCACUACCAGCAGCCACGUAG